AUGUCGCGUGACAUUUUGCUGACUGAUUUUGCGCUACACACCAACUUGACACCUCUAGAGCGCGAGGUGCUUACGCAGUACCAGACGCUAGCAUCCAAACUAAGGACACUCGCAGAGGAGAUCAGGAAAAUACAUCAAAGUUCAGACAGACAUCUGGCCUCUGUCUUCCAGGGGCAGGCCUACAGCCUCCUACAAAACAUGCGAGGCUUGGAACGCAAAAUGGGACUAGUUUAUACGCAAUUCCGCACUGCGGUCUACGCGUUGCAGAUCCAGAAUGAGGAG